CCCGCCCCCGGGCCCGCUCACAGGCUCGCCAUGGCUCCGCUGCGCUUCGCCGCGAACCUGAACUGGCUCUUCACCGAGCGGCCGGCGCUGCCCGAUCGGCUGGAGGCGGCGGCCCGGGCCGGGUUCCGCGCGGCCGAGCUGCCCGAGCCCUACGCCUGGGACCCGGCGCUGCUGCGCGGGGCUGCGGACCGGGCCGGGCUGGCUCUGGUGCUGAUCAACACCCCGCCAGGGGACCAGGACAAGGGCGAGAAGGGGCUUGGUGCAGUGCCCGGCCGCCAGGCUGCCUUCCGGGAAGGCCUGGCCCUGGCCGUGAAGUACGCAAAGGCCCUGGGUUGCCUCAGGAUCCAUCUCAUGGCUGGGCGGGUCCCUGCGGGCACCGAGCGGACAGCGAUGGCUCCGGAAAUGGAAGCCACCUUCAUCGAGAACCUCAGAUAUGCUGCUGAUAUCCUGGCCCAGGAGGACAUGACAGGCCUGGUGGAGCCUAUGAACAGCCGCAUCACUGACCCACGCUACUUCCUGACCACCCCUCACCAAGCUGCAGCCAUUCUGGAGAAGGUGGGGAGGCCCAACCUCUGGCUGCAGCUGGACAUUUUCCACUGCCAGAUCAUGGAUGGGAACCUGACACAGACCCUGAAGACUUACUUCCCGCUCAUUGGUCACAUCCAGAUCGGGCAGGUGCCUGGUCGGCAUGAGCCUGACAGCCCAGGCGAGGUGAACUUCCCCUACCUCUUCCAGCUGCUGGAGUCGCUCGGCUACGAGGGCUACGUGGGCUGCGAGUACACCCCGCAAGGAGACACGCUGGAAGGACUGGGCUGGUUGCACGCGUACUGGGAGAGCCGAGGCCGGCAGCAGCGCCGGUGGUAGCCCUACGCAGGAAUAUUUUUAACCCUCCCACUCACUCAAACAGGCGAGUUCUUGAAUAAAAAGUGAACAGGGGCCCUCCAGCCACGCAGGGCCCCAAGCAA